CAUAAAAUACCGGCACGUGACCUACCCGUAACUGAAUCUUGAUAUCGAAGACGUCUCGACUCCAAUGAUUCUCAACAACUCUCAGAGCUCACGAAUUCCCGAAGGUACACAAAACCUGCGCCCUAAAAGCCCGGUUCAAUUUAUACGAGCCGUCAAUUCUUAUUAAAGGAGCUCGCGCUCCUACGACAGCUAUCAUCAUGCUAGCCCUCACAGCCUCCAGGUCUCUGCUUCCUUUGCGCCAAUUCAUACGUUCACCAUUCCGCUCGAACGCUGCAAAUAAAUUGAUCCGGUCAUUUUCACAAUUAAGAAUAACGCCAUGGGCGAUAAAUAAAAUCUGGUCAUCACGCUCUAAGGGAGGGUAUGAGGUUGCUAAAACUUCCUCCAGUGCGAUAACACAUUCUCACACGCAAACACGAGGAAUGAAAACACGAUCGUCAGUGAAGAGGCUUUGUGACGGAUGUAAACCUGUGCGACGGAAGAAUAGGGUUUAUAUCAUUUGUUCAAAAAACCCAAAACACAAGCAACGACAAGGAAAAUAGAUCCAAAUUAUCUUCGACAGCGGAUAGUACACUGGAUGAAUGAAUCAACAACACUCCCUUCCGAAUAUCAUACUGCUCGCAGCAAUCGAGAAUUAUACAUGGCUGGCGCAUUUUCGCAAUUUUGUGGCAUGUGGCAUAUCGGUCGACAAUAAGACGUGUUGCUUGCAGAGGUUGGAUUUGUACAAUAGCUUACUGGGGACUUCUUUUCAUUCUGUACACGGGUUCAUCGCGGUUAUCAUUAUACUGAGCAUAAAUAAAUCUACACAUGGCCUUUGGCACUCCCCUUAUGGCAAUUGAACAUGGUGUCCGCGAUUUGAAAAUUGUUUCGUAACAAUAAACUUCAAUCGGAUAGAAGCGUUCCUGGAGACGACUGUUUAAAAUAUUGUGUUAUAGAGCUGCUAGAUGCACUCUUUUUGAUAUCGCUAAAUAUUGAUCCAAACGAACAAUUUCAUUAAUAUAACAUAG